AUGCACGUUGAAUUUAUUUUACGGCGACUUUAUUUCGAUCUGUUCAUAAUUCUUUCUUUAUAUUGUUUUCCUACCAUAAAGAUUUCUGCCGGUUAUAAGACUUCUGCGUGUAAGUCGCUCUGCCCUUUGGUGUGGGAGUGCAGGGUUGGCUGCCGAUGCUCGGCGGGAUACAUACGAGAUGAGUACAGCAAGAACUGCGUUUUGGUCCACCAAUGUCCAGGU